AUUUUACCAUUUCAAACAUGUGAAUCUUUCUAGUGAUGAACUAAACUGGUCUAAAACGCCUCUUAUUUGUCUUUUCUUUAAAGCUGUGCAAGGCCAUGCAACUCCAGAUAUUUCAGUAUGACACCUUCAGAAGGCAUGCAAGGAAUUACAUGGAACCGGCUAUUGUUCAUAAGUGGAAGAUGGAUCAGCAGAGUCAUUUCCAGCAUCAAUUGCACCUUGGUGGGGUGGUUGCAGUGGGAGGAGACAUGAGGGCUGAUUCUCCAGGGCACUCCGCAAAGUUUGGCAGCUACACUCUAAUGAAUCUGGAGAGCAACACCAUUAUGGACAUCCAACUUGUUCAGAGCAAUGAAGUAGGUGGCAGCUAUCAUAUGGAGAAGGAAGGACUGAAAAGAUGCCUAGAUCAUCUGGAGUCGAAUGGAUUGAAGGUGGAUUACAUUGUGACAGACCGUCAUCCACAGAUCCAGAAAUUUCUGAGGGAACGCAGCGUAACUCAGUUCUAUGACGUUUGGCACUUUGAGAAAGGAUCAGUUGCACUUCACAAAGCUGAGAAAAUACUGCUCAACAAGAGAGUCCUGAAGGAUGUAGAGAAACUCAGCCACCAUCACCAGACCUCAUCACUAGAGUCCUUCCACAGCCUGAUACUACGUUUUGCACCAAAGAAUGUAGUUUUCCCCUUCAUGGGAAUGUUGUGCAGGUUGUAUCUAGCAGCAAUGCACCACAAUGAACAUGCUUUGCGGGAGCAAGCCACAACAUCUACAGGACAGGCCGUUUUCAAGGUUGUUUUUCCAAAGGCGAAGAGGGGGGAAGGCAUUGUGAAGCCUGUGAAAACAAAUCCAACCUUCAACUAUGUACGUGAACUCAUGAGGCUGCUCAUGCAGGAAGUUUUUGAGGACCCUACAUCUUUUGCAGAGGAAUUGAAGACCAUCCCCAUCCCUCCAGACCUCUCAGCAGAAUUCCCGAAAACUCCAAAGGCUGAGCUGGUUGCCCGUCACGUCUCCCGCUUCAAUCAAUAG